CAUGACUGUUAGAGCAACUGCUCAGUGAAGCACUUCAAAGCAAUCCGAGGAGGCAUUUCUAUCUGGAAAUAACAGGACCAUGAUUUCUGGAUUCCAAUACAGCCUUUUCGUCUCCUUCUGCCUAGCGGUAUGUCAGGAAUCUCAGGCUUCCCAGAACUGCAUGAACAAACAGCAACUUCUGGCUGCCAUCCGCCAAAUGCAGCAAUUGCUGAAGGGGCAGGAAACACGAUUUGCAGAGGGAAUCCGCACCAUGAAGCACCGACUGACGACUCUCCAAAACACAGUGACUAAAGCUACUCCAGACCUACCAACUGUGUUUUGCCCUGCACAAGAAGCCCCUCCAAAUGGCAAAAGAUUUGGCAGCAAGAACAUGGUAGACCAUGAAGUUCAUUUCACCUGUGAUCCUGGAUUUCAACUUGUCGGUUCCAGCUCUCGAGUGUGUCAGCUAAAUGGCAGCUGGACUGGAGAAUUUCCUCAAUGCAAAGGUAUCAGUGAAUGCACAAGUCAUCUAUGCCAGAAUGGUGGGACAUGUGUAGAUGGAGUUGACCAGUACAAAUGCAUUUGUCCACAGGAGUGGACUGGUACCAAUUGCCAAUAUCAAACACAGACAGUGCCACCAGCAUGGAGUGUAACAAAUGAUCCAGCUUUUAGUCGCAAGCCACGCUGUGCCAAAUUUGACCGGAUGCAACAUUGCAGCUGUGAACCAGGAUUCCAUAUGAGUGGCACCGCAGAAAACAGCAUCUGCCAGGAUGUGAAUGAAUGUGAAGUUUACAAGCUGGAGGGAGCCCCUCGUCUCUGUAUGCACACCUGCAUCAACAUUCCAGGCUCAUACCAGUGCUCCUGCCCCAGUGGAUACAGUGUCUUCAGCGAUGGGAAAAGCUGUGAAGAUAUAGAUGAAUGUGGUCUCUCGCUGCACAACUGCACAAGAGGAACAAUGUGCAUUAACACAGGAGGAGGCUUUCAGUGUGUUAGCCCAGAGUGUCCCAAGCCUAGUGGAAAUGUCAGCUAUGUGAAAACAUCACCGUUGUAA